AUGGAGGAAGCUGACUUGAAGCGCGUAUGGUCAUCUUCUACCAAUGCUGAUGAGGAUUGUACGAGGCAGGAGGAAGCCGAUUCGUACCACAAGCGUGCCAAAGUUGAGUUCCCGUCUUCUUCUCGGACAGAUACUGAUUUGUUCUGCCAUAAUUUCAUCUUGAACUAUGGUCGGAAAGAUGAUGAUUUUGAAGUUCAUGUUGAUUUUACUGAUGACCUCUUACAUGUGGUGUUCUCGUUCUUGAAACACGUCGACCUCUGUCGCUCUGCUAUGGUAUGUCGUCAGUGGAGAGUAGCUAGUGCUCAUGAGGAUUUUUGGAGGGUCUUCAACUUUAAAAAUAUGAGUAUUUCUAUCGAGCAAUUUGAAAACAUGUGUCAGCGCUAUCCCAAUGCCACUAAAGUGAAUGUUUAUGGCGUUCCUGAUGUUAACGCGCUCGCUCUGAAAGCAGCUACCACUUUGAGGAAUCUGGAGGUCUUAACUAUUGGAAACGGUCAAAUCACUGAAAACUUUUUCCAGAUAUUGGGGGAGUGUAAUAAGUUGAUAAGUGUGACCAUAAGUGAGGCUGUUUUAGGAGAUGGUGCUCAGGAAAUACACCUGAGUCAUGAUCGGCUACAUAAACUUAAAAUUAAAAAAUGCAGCGCUCUGCGUUUGUCUAUCAGGUGUCCGCAGCUUAUGUCUUUAUCUUUAAAAAGAAGCAACAUGAUACUGGCGAUGCUUAACUGUCCACUACUCCAACAUCUUAACAUAUCCUUGUGCCAUAAGCUCCAAGAUGCUGAUAUCCGUUCAGCUGUCACUUCGUGUCCUCAACUAGAGUCGCUUGAUGUUUCUAACUGUUCAUGUGUCAGUAAUGAAACUUUGCGUGAAAUAGCCCAGGCUUGUGCUGGGCUCCGUAUUCUUGAUGCUGCGCACUGCCCCAAUAUAUCUUUUGAGUCAGUACAUCUCCCCAUGUUGACAGUUCUCAAGCUUCGUAGAUGUGAGCGUAUAACAUCGGCGUCUAUGACUUGGAUUGCUAACAGUCUAGCGCUGGAGGUUUUGGAGCUGGAUAAUUGCUAUAUGUUGACAUCUGUCGCGUUGCAUCUCACCUGUUUGCAGAGUAUACGCCUAGUAAAUUGCCGCAAAUUCACAGAGCUGAACUUGCAAAGCACCAUGCUUUCAUCAAUCACUGUUUCAAACUGUCCAGCUCUUCGCCAAGUCACAAUCACUUCCAACGUCCUUCGACGAUUAGAUCUCAAGAAACAGGAGAAUUUGACAACAUUAGUUCUGCAGUGCCAGUCCUUGCAAGAAGUGGAUCUCUCUGGUUGUAAAUCACUGUCCAACAUUGUUUGUGAUCUCGAUGGUGGAUGCCCAAUGCUGAAAUCGUUAAUUCUUGACAACUGUGAGAGCUUAACAGAAUUGCGGUUGUGCAACUCAUCUUUGUCUAGCCUGUCACUUGUUGGCUGUCGUGCUGUUACUUCUCUUGAAUUGAAGUGCCCUCGCAUAGAGCAGAUAUGUUUGGACGGAUGUGAUAAUCUUGAAACUGCAUACUUCAAGCCUAUUGCGCUCCGGUCUCUAGAUCUAGGAAUAUGUCCUAAGUUGAGUGUGCUCAGUAUCGAAGCGCCUUAUAUGGUGUCCCUUGAGUUGAAAGGUUGCGGUGUACUGUCUGAAGCAUCUAUCAUUUGUCCUGUUCUAGCAUCUUUAGAUGCCUCUUUCUGCGGACAACUGAGGGAUGACUGUCUGCCUGCAAUUACUGCUUCUUGCCCACUAAUUGAGUCACUGGUGCUAAUGGCAUGCUCUUCUAUUGGCUCUGAUGGCUUUUCUUCCUUGAAAGGCCUCCAAAAUUUGUCUGUUCUUGACUUGUCAUACACUUCAGUGAUGAAUCUUGAGCCCAUCUUCAAGUCCUGUGUUCAACUGAAGGUACUCAAGUUACAUACCUGCAAAUGUCUCACUGAGUCAACACUGGAGCCUCUAUACAAAGAAGGUGCAUUACCGGCACUUGAAGAGUUGGACCUUUCUUAUGGAACUCUCAGUCAGACUGUGAUAGAUGGUUUACUUGCGUGCUGCACGCACCUGACCCAUUUGAGCUUAAACGGCUGUGUUAACAUGCAUGACCUUAAGUACUUUAGUGUAUACAGUUCUAGUGAUAGUAGUCAAGAACCAGCUGAGACAAGUAGCAACCGGUUACUACAAAACCUCAGCUGUGUGGGUUGUCCUAAUAUCAGGAAAGUGUUGAUACCUCCUGCAGCUCGGUUUGAUCAUUUAUCAUCACUGAACCUUUCUCUAUCAAUCCUUUUAAGGAAGGUUAAUAUCGCCUGUUCCAGCCUGGUCUUACUUAAUCUAAGCAAUUGUCGCUCUCUGGAAGUACUGAAGCUUGACUGUCCAAGAUUGGCUAGUCUAUUUCUUCAGUCUUGUAAAAUGGAUGAAGCAGGAGUUGAAGCAGCUAUAUCAGGAUGCCGCUCACUAGAGACAUUAGAUCUCCGUUUCUGUCCAAAGAUAUCUUCAGUGAGCAUGGAGAGGUUCCAAACAGUGUGCCCUAGUUUGAAGAACGUCUUCAGCAAUCCUAAUCUUUUGCAAAAUAGGGCUUUGCAUUCAGUGUUUCAUGAUAUGUUGUGUCGUUUGGGAUGCAACUAA